AUGCCAAAGUCGUUGAGUAUCAUCCACAACGUACGAGGCGCUGCCAUUGUCGCGCCCUGGCUGGCGUACCUAGGAGUGGCCGACUUAGCACUUUCUCUCCUCCUACUCGUGAAGCUGUUCGCGCCGGAUCUCGUGUACAAGCUCUCUUCCUACAUCGCGUUUUCCGUGUGGAAGUGGAUCCAGGUUAUAUUCGAAAAGUUCAAUGGUGCCGAGAUCACCAUCUCCGGGGAUGUUUUGCCCAAGGGUGGGUCGGCCAUCGUGAUCGCCAACCAUGUCAGCUGGGCCGACUUCUACAUGAUCCAGGCCCUGGCCCUGCGAUCUGAUAUGCUUGGCCGGUGCCGUUGGUUCGCCAAGAUUCAGUUGCGCAUGGUGCCAUUUCUGGGCUGGGGGUUGUGGGCCAUGGGGAUGCCCAUGGUCAGUAGGAACUGGAUGAAAGAUCAACGUGAGUUGGAUCGGGUGUUCAAAGGCAUCGUUAGGAGAAAGUGGCCGACUUGGCUUAUAAGCUUCAGUGAAGCCACAAGAUUUACACCCAAGAAACAUGAGGAGGCGAAGGUCUGGUGCAUGCAGAAUGAUCGCCCGCUCCCUAAGCACCUCCUAUAUCCUCGGACCAAGGGUUUCAUUACGACCGUACAACAUCUGCGGAAGGCUCCCCACGUCAAGGCCGUCUACGAUCUCACCAUUGCGUAUCAGCAUCAGGGUAAGUUCCAUGUCGCCCCAGACAUGUGGCAGACGUUGAAGCUGCCGAGCAUAAGUGCUGCGUGUGGCUACAAGUUUCACAUUCAUGCGCGGCGGUUUCCUCUAGAUGAGCUACCGCAGACCGACGAAGAGCUCGCCAAGUGGCUCGAGCAGAGAUGGGUGGAGAAAGGGGAGUGGUUAGACGGCAAAAAGGCUGAAUGGUCCACCAGUUGA